UCGUUUUUCCUUGAAAUGGACAGCAGAAGCUUGCGUGAACAAAUCGCGGUCAUGAGGCAAUCCUUCUUUGAUGAGGAGAUUUUGGACGCGCAGUUCAGUCAACUGGAGGAGCUAACGGAUAAAGACGAACCCAACUUUGUUGAGGAUGUGGUGACCAUGUACUUCAGGGAGUCGACUGAUAAUCUGAUACCUACUAUUGAGGAGCAUAUGAAAAGUAUCCCUAUUGACAUCCCUAAACUAGACAGGGUCAUGCAUAAGCUUAAGGGCAGCAGUGCCAGCAUUGGUGCUAACAAAGUUCGAAAUGAGAUCAACAACACAAUGGCGCUUUUGGAGGAACGGAACGUGGAAGGGGCAAAGGCCGCCUUCGAGCAGGUGCGAAAGGAGCAUGAAACUCUCAAAGCCAAGCUCGAGACCUAUUUUCAGGUUUAUCUCUCUCGACCCACAUUGACCAUUCUUCAUAUGUUCCUUGCUUACUUCGAUUAAUAGGGCAAAAAUAAACUUGUAUUGAACUCCUAUUAAUGUUUCCUAUAUAUGGCAGCAACUGAGGCAAGCAGGCCCUGUUGACCCAGCUACGCCUUCCAAGUGAUGCGGUCGCCUUAAAGCUGGAGAUAGAAGCUGGUAUUUGGUGGCCUCAUUGCUUCAAGCAAAUCCACCAUUUUCAUGAUCUGCUUUUAGAAUAUAAUAAAAACUGGAGAUAGUUCAUUUUCUGUGUUGGGUCUUUCAUCUGUGUGCCCUUGGAUCCUGUUAUAAGGUUUUCCCUUCUUACUAUUACUAGUACUUCUAAGGAAGCUUUCU